CCUUAAAUCCAGACUCCCAGCCUGCCAACUCAGCCUUGUCGAGGUCCCUGCUGGCCAAGUCUAAUAUCCUGCUGGGUGAUCCGCUCCGCAAUGGGGAUGUGAGGUCCUCACGGAAGCUUUGAGAGGGAGGAGACGGGAGCGAAUUUCUGGGCUGCAAGAAUCCACAGCCACAUCCUAAAUACUUAGACCGCAGUCUUCUACUCCCUUGGAUCCCUUUCUUGCCUCGCUUCUGCAUUUGAUUAGCAAAUUGCCCCCCCCCCCCCACCUCCCCGUAGGUACCUUUCCCCAAUUAGUCCCUCUUCCCUGUAUCUUUAUCUUUUCACCUCUCCUAAUAUCACAAGUAUUGUCCUUAAAGUGUGGGGUUUGGUGUGAUGUGGAUGCGGAUGACCCUGCUGGUGAAGAAAAUGGUUCACGCCGGUCCCCAUCCCUUUUACAUUCUGGCUAUUGUGCGCCCAUGAUUGACAAGACCACGAGGCUGAGCGCGCCCUGGAGAUUUUUCUAUAAAUGGCGUUAAAACCCUAGUCUAGACGAUUUACUCGGAUAGAAAGGAGACAAUUACCUUCUUGUUCUUUGUUGGUGAACCCUGGCAUCAGGGCUGACCUGGAAUUUAACAAGUUUUCCCUAAGCUAGCAGAGGAGGACAAAAACAACCCAGACCGCGCGGGCAGGGUAGGAAGUGAAGGGCAGUACUCUUGGGAGGCUCUUGUUUGGGCUGGUGCCUGGGCGUUCGAUUGACAGAUCAUUUUUUUGUUCACCUGGGUACCGGAACAGAGAACCCUGUGUGAUGGACUGCAGUAACGGAUGCUCCGCUGAAUACCUUGGAGAAGGAGGAUCAAAAGAGGUGGUGGAGACUUUCAGGGCUAAAGAUCUAAUAAUCACACCAGCCACCAUCUUGAAGGAAAAACCAGAUCCCAAUACUCUGGUUUUUGGAACUGUGUUUACGGAUCACAUGUUGACAGUGGAGUGGUCCUCUGAGUUUGGUUGGGAGAAACCUCACAUCAAGCCUUUUCAAAACCUGUCACUGCAUCCUGGAUCAUCGACUUUGCAUUAUGCAGUAGAAUUAUUUGAAGGUUUAAAGGCAUUUCGAGGCGUAGAUAAUAAAAUUCGACUGUUUCGGCCAGAACUCAACAUGGAGAGAAUGUGUAAGUCUGCUGUGAGAGCCACUUUGCCGGUGUUUGACAAGGAAGAGCUUCUGGAGUGUAUUCAGCAGCUUGUGCAGUUGGAUCAAGAAUGGGUGCCCUACUCCACCUCUGGCAGUCUCUACAUUCGUCCCACGUUUAUUGGAACUGAGCCUUCUCUUGGAGUCAAGAAGCCUACCAAAGCCCUGCUCUUUGUAAUCUUAAGCCCAGUGGGACCUUAUUUUUCAAGCGGAACCUUUAAUCCAGUAUCCCUGUGGGCCAACCCGAAGUAUGUCAGAGCCUGGAAAGGUGGGACUGGAGACUGCAAGAUGGGAGGGAAUUAUGGGUCGUCUCUUUUUGCCCAAUGUGAAGCAGCAGAGAAUGGUUGUCAGCAGGUUCUUUGGCUCUAUGGAGAGGAUAAUCAGAUAACGGAAGUCGGAACUAUGAAUCUUUUUCUUUACUGGAUAAAUGAAGAUGGAGAGGAAGAACUGGCAACUCCUCCGCUAGAUGGCAUCAUUCUUCCAGGAGUGACGAGGCGGUGCGUCCUGGACCUGGCGCACAAGUGGGGUGAAUUUAAAGUGUCAGAGAGGCACCUCACCAUGGACGACUUGACAACCGCCCUGGAGGGGAGCAGAGUGAGGGAGAUGUUUGGCUCUGGCACAGCAUGUGUUGUCUGCCCAGUUUCUGAUAUACUAUACAAGGGCGAGACGAUACACAUUCCAACUAUGGAGAAUGGUCCUAAGCUUGCAACCCGUAUCUUGGACAAAUUGACUGAUAUCCAGUAUGGAAGAGAAGAGAGCGACUGGACAAUCGUAUUAUCCUGAAUGAAAAAUGCCGAAAAUCUACUGUAUGCUUUUGGAAUAGACUGCUGCAUUUGAAUUGUGAUAGAUCUUUUUGCCUACCUGUUAGUAGUUGUGCAUAAUGUAGUUUGCAUUAUUAGUGUGUUACAAGAAUGACUUUUUUCCCCCCUUGUGCCAGAGAACAUGAAUCAUAAUUGUCAAAUGGUGUUUUGUAGGCUUGGUAGUAGUAGCUUACCUUCCUACCUUUUCCCAGAAAGAUAAUAAUGUAAGCCAUAUAACAGAAUUUUCCUUAAUAAUUUGAGUGCUUCCCUUAGUAGUUCACUCAGAUCCAAAAAUGUUUAUUAUUUAGUAUAAGGUAUGGCUCCUCAACCAAAUGAGAUGUGUGUGUGUGUGUCUGAAAGCUAAUUUGAAUACUUCAUAGGUAAUGUUUCUGGUGACACAUCAUUAGCCUCAGAAGCACUCAGAAAGUGCUUUAUUUUAAAAUGAAGAUUCUAAAGAAAAACUGGAUUUCCUUCCAUCAUUGUGUUUUUCAGGCCCUUAAGUCCACCUUAAGGUAAAUACCUCCCUUCUUCAGGUAUCUCAGUCUGCUGUGAGCUCACCUGUGCAUCCGUAAAACCUGGGCACGUUGCUGCCACUGCCUUUCCACAUGGCUUUGUAACUGGCUGCCCAUGGGCUCCUACCAGACUGACGGCCUAAUGCCUUAUAGAUCUUUGUAUCCCCAAUGCCUGGCACGUGGUAGGUACUCAGUAAAUGUUUGAUGCGAAUGAACAAACGAACAAAUGAACAUAUAGCUUCUAUAGAAGUAUACCUUCUCUGUUUCUGUAUUUUGAAACCUGUAUUAGAAUUUGUGAACAAUUCUGAUGGUGUGUAAUGUUUACCUCAUGUUGUCUUUAUUUUCCAUGGACUCCAAAGUCAUUAGAGAUACUGAGAGGCAUAGUUGCAGGCAUCGGUUCAUGUUUGCAGGGUAUCUUGGAGUGGAAGCAAUAACUCUAGAGAAUUCAUGAUAUCAUAGCAACCAAAUGAAAAUGACAGAUGUUACAUGUUAAGUGUUAAAUGCAAAAGAAAUCAGAGGUGAAGGGGAGGGGAGGAAAGAAGAGGAAUCCUCAAGUUUUUUCACUCUUUGUGCAGGUACUCUUUUCUGUUGACUGGGGAUUGAGGGAGCAUGUGGUUAGGAUACAGGGAGAGCAAUUACUGAUGAUAUUUUCCUUGUUUGGGAGCUGUGAAUUUAAAAUUGUAUCCUUUCCUGCUUUAUCUAUGGGAAAGUCAAAUCUUGACAGAAAACAUUUACCCUUGGUAGGUCAACUCUCAGACAUUGUAGUUUGCUUUCCCUCAGUCCUAAUAACUUUCAUCUUGCUGAUCAUAUUUCAUUCUCUUUUCGGAGCAAAGGAAAAACAUUCUAAAAGUUUGAUGCAUUGAAAACAUUUCCUCGAGGCAUUUAACAACACACAGCAAACGGGCUUUGAUUCUUUUCCAAAACUUUUAGCUGUAGGGUCUCUUUUAGAGAGGACUGGUAAAAUGAAAAUUAGAGAAGGCUAAGAUGAAAAGGAAUAGUAAAAAUAUCUUUUAGGGGCUUUUAAUUGGUGAUCUGCAGUCUGGGGCCAGUCCGUUCUCUGCAGCCUAAGGUACUCUUGACUCCCCUGCACAUGCUCAGUGAGGGUAUGCCUUUGCCUUUGCUGAGUCCCUUGACCUCCUUCUUAAUAUAGCAGUCCAGAAAAGAGUUUCAGGUAAUUUUAACUGUCAAGUAGCACAUAAUAACUAGACUCUAGCUCCCUUGAGAAAGGGAAAUUACUUGUUUGCCAUAAGUACAUUUUAUACUUUGCAUUUCUAAAUUUAGUUAGCCCAUUGUGAAAGCUAGAGAACACUAUGUUUAUAUGAUUUCUCUCAUAAAAACAUAAGAGCACGUUAAGCCCUUCCCACCAGACUCGGAGAAGACUAAGGAUAUGUAUUUUUAAAAACUAGAGACCUCCAUUCUCUUAAGUAAAAAAGACAGGAAAUUGACCUUGACACUCACUUGUUAAAUAGAUUUAAAAGGAACAUCUGCACUUCUUUUUUUCUUGUGCACUAUUUGUUUAAUUGCAGUGGAGUAAUACAGCAAGUGUCACAUUAUAACUAGGCAAUUAUCCAUUCUUCAAGACUUAGUUAUCUUAACACUAAUUGAUCAUUUAAGGCAUAAGAUAGUCUAACAUUAGGAACAUGUGAGGCUAAUCUGCUCAAAAAAGAUCAACAAAUUAAUAUUGUUGCUGAUAUUUGCAUAAUUGGCUGCAAUUAUUUAAUGUUUAAUUGGGUUGAUCAAAUGAGAUUCAGCAAUUCACAUGUGAAUGAAUAUAAACAGAACUAGUGGCACUUAAAAUGAUAAUGAUUAACUUAUUUUGCAUGUUCUCUUCCUCCCACUUUUUCCAGUUUUUACAAUAUCAGACCGAGUUUGUCAGCUUUGCCCGAAACACAUCAGUAAAAAUCAAGAUCUUAAAAUGCAGUAUUCUGACAUAGACAAGACCUGAGCAUUUCCCAAAGAGAUUUGCUAUUAGAAAAUUUUGGUUAUUAUUGUUAUAGUCACUAAUCAAGUAUUCAAUUCAUGACACACCGAAAGAAGGGUCUGGGUUAUGUACCACACCCUCUAUUAUAGCUGGCAGGUGAAUGCAUCGAUAUAAUACCUGUUUUAGCCUUUGCUCUCAAAAGCACAAAGGAAAAGGGAUAAGAAGGAAAUGACUAAUAACCCUUGUUAGGGAAUCAUGUUCUUUCUACUGAUAAACACUUCCAACUCUUCCCCUCCCCAAAAAAGACUGCUAUUAAAAAAAACAACACACAAACUAUGUGGUGGAAUGUGACGUCAGCUUUCCUGAAGAUGAGGGGAGCAUCCAUUACGCAUCCUGGAUUAAAGUUUCUCUCACCAAAUGAGUUUUAUUGCUUGAACAAAUUGUACCUAAACAGGUAGUCUUACUUGCCCCAAGUCUGAACACUCUUGGCCCUUUGGAGGCAAUGAAAGUAUUACUUUGUCAAAAACACUAUAGGAACUUUUUAUUAAGUCUGUGUUAGGGGGAUGGUGCUGUUGAAAGCAUCCAUCAUGAUAACCAUAUUUCUUUCCCUGUCCUACUUAAUGUCCGAUCAUGGUAUUCUGUUUCCCCUUUUUAAACCUGUUAGUUUUGCCUUUCCAAAACUGUUUGCCUUACCCUCAUAAUUGGGAAAACAGAAGACAAGCAGACGAGCAAAAGACUUACUGUUCACUUUGCAUGAGUUGUAUUUUUUGAAAUAUUUAAAGUAAUAUCAGAUGUACCAAGGCAAAGGACUUAGGGGUUUGAGAAACUCCUUAUUUCAUGUCCUGAUUCUAAAUACAACCAAAGAACCCUUCCUUUCAAUAUGGAUUUCUUCCUACAUGGAUAUGGAAAACCUUAGCAAGGGGUACAACUUUUCAAUAAAUAUUACUUGACAGACAAGAUCGUGGGGAUUACACAUCAGGUGAUAAGUGUUGAUGGAGCACCCACAAAUGUGCAUCUCACACAGCAGCAAUAGAUAGGAAGUUAGUUUUAGAAAAUAAAUAGCAUUACCUCUUGGAGUUUAUAGUCUGUUACUUGAACUAAUUUAAGAUAUAAAAGCAGAAUUUAGUAGCUAGAUUAUAAAGAGAGGAAGACCAGAGCAUAUCUCUCUUCUCAAGAAACCGCAAUAAGCAUUUCAUCUCACUUUUUGAGGAAAAUGUUCUGUUUUCAUUCCUUUCCUUUAGUGGAGUACUGCUUAGAAAGGUUAGUACUUAGGGUUAUUUGCCCCCUGGGUGUGUGGGGUAGUGACUUUCUGGCUUGCUAGUUACCAUCAACCUGGUACACUGUGUCUGCAUUCCUUUGGAGCAGUGUUGAGUUGUUAAGCUACAUCUAACAGAGCACAGCCUACUUCAGUCAGCAUCUUAAAGUCAAAGCCAGAUUACACUGAAAUAAAGAAAAUGAUCCUGGGAGUCAAUCUUUCAAGCUGUUUAAACCAUUAGCUAAAAGGUGAUAGAUCCAGCUACUCAGAAAAUAACUUUCACAUAACCAUGAUUUUUCACAGUUUGAGAUUUUGAAUAAGAAAGGCCACUUAAGGUACUGCAAAGAGAUUAAUUUUUUAUCAUUGCUGGAAAGCCCCUUUAAAAUGUGAAACCAGAAAAAGUAAUUUAUUUUUUCCAUCUUCAACAUACAUACCAUAAUAAAAGAUCUCUCAGAUAUUUAAAAUCUACUAGACGCAAGUGUUAAAGUUUUAAGUCAUCUGUCCAUGAUGGACCCAAUGAACAUGACCUAAAACCCAAGUUGCAUUGUAAUCAGUGUAUGUAACCCACUGUCAGAAUGGUGAGAAUUCAUGGAAGCUAUGAUACAGGAGUGGAUUAAAAUACAGUUUCAUUGGAUUUCUCUAGACACCCAAUAUCAAUUGCUGGGUUCCUUGUUGUCCAUUAUUGAAUUAUGGGAAAAAAUUAGUGAGAGACGUCAGAUGAAAAAUAAGAGAAAGUAGAAAUUAAAAUUUGCUUCUGGGUUGGCCUUCUUCCAGGUGUUGGGCUCUUUAGCCUUCAAUGUAGGUGCCAAACACAAGCCAUGCCAUUAAGAAGUGACUAUAGUAGCCAAUCCAUCAGAUGCUAGUACUAGGCCAUGACCUCAAGCUUGUAAUCCGAGGGUGUUGUUAUGUAGGAACCAUUUUAGGUUACUACCAAUUUGGAUGAGACUUUUUAAUAAUUGCAGAGUCUAUAAGAUCUAUUUCUUCAACCAGUUUUUUCUGACUCAUGGAACUUCUUGAAGCCCAAUAAUAUGUGACAAGGGGUAGAUUGUGGCCAUUUUUCCCCCUUAGAAAUACUAUUUACCACCUUUCUUUGGUGAAGAUUAACUAAUUUGGAAAUUGGCUAUUAUAUGUUGUUUUAAUGAAAAUUUGCAACAUGAAUUAAUUUCCCGAGGCCAGUUGGACGUGGACAUUGGAGUCGUUCCUAGGCUCAAACAAAGGAAUACAAAUAUCCUCAGUUUCUACAUUACUGAUAAGUUUUAAAAGAGUAUAGGAGUUAUGUCAAGAGUAUGGCUACAAUUAGAUUUUAAGUAUGUCUUAAAAAUAAGCUAGCCAACCCCUGCUGCAUAUGCAAAUUCUGCAGAUGUUUCUCUGGUCACUUAGAACAAGGAUGGUCCUACAGGAUCCUCAGCCAGCUGAUACAUGAAGCUGGAGCCAGACCUACACUCUCAAAGAACUUGUGCCUGCUUGAUAUGGCAGCCAAGGGCAAAUAAGUAGUUUGAGGCAGUUUUUAAAUCAGAGCUUAAGGAUAGGAACAGCAUCUAAGGUUAACCAGGGAAUUUGUAGAACCUAUUCUCUUGUAUCAGAAUCUGAUUGCAGUUACUGUUGGCAUGAUGAACCCUAGCCUCAAUUUCUCGUCUGUAGUCAUUUUUUUGAAGUUCUCUUUAAGAAGUAAGUAAGUAGGAGGAAAUAAACAUUGUAAAUGAGGAUUGGCUUUCAUGAAAAAUUGUUUAAGGUUAUGGUGAAAGGAUUUCGGCUGACUACAGUGUAAUAAUGGGAAUGUGGAAAAUACAGUGGGUAAAGGAAACUACCUCAUUCUCUGAAGGUUUUGUGGAAGCACAAUUAAACAUUCUAAAAUGGCUUUGUUGCACAAAAGCCAUCUGGUGUGAAGAACUCUAUAUUUGUAUGUCUAAAGGACCUGGAAUAAUUGUAUUUUGUUGGCAACAGAGACAUUCUUUAUUGUUUGCAGUUUCCUCAUCAAAUCAGCAAUUAUGCACAGUUUCUGUCAUCAAUAAAACAACUUAAAGGAA